AUGUGGGAAUACCUAUGCUCCCUGUGCCGCCCCCCGGGGUCUGAGCCCCGGACCCAGAAGGCUCAAGGAGCUGGAGGUGACCCUGAGGCAGCAAGACCCCAGAGGAAAGGCGCAAGCCCUGCAGACGACUGCGCGCCACCCCGGGCUGGGCUCCUGUUAGGAGGGGGUGCUUAUGCGCAGGCAGCGGCUCAGAGGCAGCUGCUCCAUGCAGAACUGAAGCUGGUCCUGCAGCAGAAGGGAGAGAGGAAACCGGAGGAGCCGGGGGGCCAGGGGACUCCCAGUAGCGCCAUGGAGGCCAGAAGCCGGAGUGCCGAGGAGCUGAGGCGGGCGGAGUUGGUGGAGAUCAUCGUGGAGACAGAGGCGCAGACCGGGGUCAGCGGCAUCAACGUAGCGGGAGGCGGCAAGGAGGGAAUCUUCGUCCGCGAGCUGCGUGAGGACUCGCCGGCGGCCAGGAGCCUCAGCCUACAGGAAGGGGACCAGCUGCUGAGCGCCAGAGUGUUCUUCGAGAACUUCAAGUACGAGGACGCGCUCCGCCUGCUGCAAUGCGCCGAGCCUUACAAGGUCUCCUUCUGCCUGAAGCGCACUGUACCCACCGGGGACCUGGCGCUACGGCCCGGGACCGUGGCCGGCUACGAGAUCAAGGGCCCGCGGGCCAAGGUGGCCAAGCUGAACAUCCAGAGUCUGUCCCCUGUGAAGAAGAAGAAGAUGGUGAUGCCUGGGGCCCUGGGGGCCCCCGCAGACCUGGCCCCUGUUGACGUCGAAUUCUCCUUUCCCAAGUUCUCCCGUCUGCGUCGAGGCCUCAAAGCCGAGGCUGUCGAGGGUCCUGUCCCAGCUGCCCCCACCCGCCGGCGCCUCCAGCUGCCUCGGCUGCGGGUCCGAGAAGUGGCCGAAGAGGCCCAGGUAGCCAGGCUGGCGGCCGCCGCUCCUCCCCCACGGAAGGCCAAAGCAGAGGCUGAGGUGGCAGCAGGACCCCGUUUCACGGCUCCCCAGGUGGAGUUGGUUGGGCCCCGGCUGCCAGGUGCCGAGGUGGGUGUCCCCCAGGUCCCAGCCCCCAAGGGGGAGGCGGCCCCUGCAGCAGAGGCCGUCAGCGGCUUUGCCCUCCACCUGCCAACCCUUGGGCUGGGAGCCCCAGCUGUCCCUGCCGUGGAGCCUGCGGCUGUAGGGAUCCAGGUGCCCCAAGUGGAGCUGCCCUCCUUGCCCUCACUACCUGCUCUGCCCACACUUCCCUGCCUGGAGACCCGGGAAGGGGCUGUGGCAGUGACGGUACCCACCCUGGAAGUAGCAGCACCUACAGUGGGGGUGGACCUGGCCUUGCCUGGUGCAGAGGUGGAACCCCGAGGCGAGGUGCCCGAGGUGGCCCUGAAGAUGCCCCGCCUCAGUUUCCCCCGCUUUGGGGCCCGAGCAAAGGAAGCUGUUGAGGCCAAGGUGAAGGGGCCUAAACUUCGAAUGCCCACCUUCGGGCUCUCUCUUCUGGAGCCCCGGCCUGCUGCCCCCGAAGCUCCUGAGAGCAAGCUGAAGCUGCCCACCAUCAAGAUGCCCUCCUUUGGCAUCGGGGUCUCGCCGCUGGAGGUCAAGGUGCCCAAGGGGCCUGAGGUGAAGCCCCCCAAGGUCCCAGAGGUCAAGCUCCCCAAAAUGCCUGAGCCGGUCCUUCCAGAGGUGCGACUCCCAGAGGUGGAGCUCCCGAAGGUGUCAGAGAUGAAGCUUCCGAAGGUGCCAGAGAUGGCCAUCCCCGAGGUGAGACUUCCAGAGGUGCAGCUGCCAAAAGUCCCAGAGAUGAAGUUGCCGAAGGUGCCCGAGAUGAAAUGCCCGGAAAUGAAACUCCCGAAGGUGCCAGAGAUGGCCGUGCCCGAAGUGCGUCUCCCAGAAGUGCAGCUGCCGAAAGUCCCCGAGAUGAAACUCCCCGAGGUGAAACUCCCCGAGGUGAAGCUCCCAAAGGUGCCAGAGAUGGCCGUGCCGGAAGUGCGUCUCCCAGAAGUGCAGCUGCCGAAAGUUCCAGAGAUGAAGCUGCCGAAGGUGCCCGAGAUGAAAUGCCCGGAAAUGAAACUCCCGAAGGUGCCGGAGAUGGCUGUGCCGGAAGUGCGACUCCCAGAGGUGCAGCUGCCGAAAGUCCCCGAGGUGAAACUCCCCGAGGUGAAGCUCCCAAAGGUGCCGGAGAUGGCCGUGCCAGAAGUGCAUCUCCCAGAGGUGCAGCUGCCGAAAGUCUCGGAGAUGAAAGUCCCUGAUGUCAAGCUCCCCGAGGUGAAGCUCCCGGAGAUAAAACUCCCCAGGGUGCCGGAAGUGGUCGUGCCGGACGUCCACCUCCCACAAGUGCAUCUGCCAAAGGUGUCGGAGAUGCGGCUGCCAGAAGUCCAGGCGCCCAAGGUCCCGGAGGUGCAUCUGCCGAAGGCACCAGAAGUGAAGCUGCCCAAGGCUCCAGAGGUGCAGCUAAAAGCUGCCAAGUUAGAGGAGGCAGAGGGCAUGGACUUCGGCUUCAAGAUGCCCAAGAUGACCUUGCCCAAGCUAGGGAGGGCGGAGUCCCCAUCUCAGGGCAAGCCUGGUGAGGCAGGCGCUGAGGUCUCGGGGAAGCUGGUGACACUUCCAUGUCUGCAGCCAGAGGUGGGCAGCGAGGCUCGUGUGGGUGUCCCCUCUCUCACACUGCCCUCGGUGGAGCUAGACCUGCCGGGGGCCCUGGGCCUGGAAGGGCAGGCCGCGGCCGCCGAAGUGGGCAAAGGGGAGCAGGCAGAAGCAGCUGGGGUCGGGGAAGCUGCCUUCCGGUUGCCUUCCGUGGAGAUCGUCACCCCACAGCUGCCCACGCUGGAGGAAGGGCAGGCAGAGGUGACAGAGGCGAAAGUCAAGCCCUCCUCCAAGUUCUCCCUGCCCAAGUUUGGACUCUCGGGGCCAAAGGUGACCAAAGCAGAGGCUGAGGGGGCCGGACGAGCUGCCAAGCUGAAAGUGUCCAAGUUCGCCAUCUCACUCCCCAGGGCUCGGGUGGGGACCGAGGUGGAGGCCAAGGGCACAGAGGAGGCAGGUCUGCUGCCCGCCCUCGACCUGUCCAUCCCGCAGCUAAGCCUGGAUUCCCAUCUGCCCACAGGCAAGGCAGAGGUGGCCGGGGCCGAUAUCAAGCUCAAGGGGCCCAAGUUCGGCCUGCCCAAGUUUGGGGUCAGGGGCCGGGACACUGAGGUGGGAGAACUAGUGUCAGGGGCGGCUGAGCUGGAGGGCAAGAGCAGGGGUUGGGAUGGGAAGGUGAAGAUGCCCAAGCUGAAGAUGCCCUCCUUUGGGCUGGCUCGAGGGAAGGAAGCAGACAUCUCGGGUGGGCGAGUCAGCCCCAGGGAAAAGCCAGAGUCCACAGCUGUGCAACUUAAGAUCCCUGAGGUGGAACUGGUUGCUCUGGGGGCCCAGGAGGAGGGGCGGGUAGAGGAGGAGACAGCCGGCAGCCGAGGACGGCUCGCAGGCCUGCAAGUGUCCCCAGCCAAGCAGGUGGGCACUGAGGCCCAGGACGGGGGACUGAGGAUGCCGCUGGGCAUCUCCCUGCCCCAGGUGGAGCUCACCGGCUUUAGGGAGGCCACCCCGGGCCAGCAGGCUGAGAGUUCUGCCCCUCCAGCAGAGGGCACAGCGGGCUACAAGGUCCACGUGCCUCAAGUGACCUUGGCUCUACCUGGAGCCCAGGCGGCGGGUGGCGAGCUGUUGGUGGGCGAGGGUGUCUUCAAGAUGCCCGCUGUGACAGUGCCCCAGCUUGAGCUGGACGUGGGGCUGAGCCGAGAGGUGCAGGGUGGGGAGGCCACCACCAGUGAGGGUGGGCUGAAGCUGAAGGUGCCUACGCUGGGGGCUAGAGCUGGGGCCGGGGCUGAGGGGCUGGGCGACCAGUCCGCAGAGGCAGAGCGCAUCUUCCACCUCUCCCUGCCCGACGUGGAGCUCUCCCCACCUGCUGUGGGCACCCACGCUGAGUACCAGGUGGCAGAGGGUGAGGGAGAUGCCGGACACAAACUCAAGGUGCGGCUGCCCCGGUUUGGCCUGGCACGGGCCAAGGAGGGGGCUGAGGAAGGUGAGAAGGCCAAGAGCCCAAAACUCAAGCUGCCCCGCGUGGGCUUCAGCCAGAGCGAGGCGGUCAGUGGGGAAGGCUCCCCCAGCCCCGAGGAGGAAGACGCGGAGGGCGGCGGGGAAGGGGCCUCCGGGCGCCGAGGUCGCGUCCGAGUCCGCUUGCCCCGUGUAGGCCUGGCUGCCCCUUCCAAGGCCUCCCGGGGGCAGGAGGGCGAGGCGGCACCCAAGUCUCCCAGCGGGGAGAAGUCACCCAAGUUCCGAUUCCCCCGGGUGUCCCUAAGCCCCAAGACCCGGGGCGGGAGUGGGGACCAGGACGAGGGUGGAUUCCGGGUGCGGCUGCCCAGCGUGGGGUUUUCCGAGAUGGGCCCUCCAGGCCCCGCGAGGAUGGAGGGGGCUCAGGCUGCCGUCAUCUGAAACCCCUGAGCAGAGGGAGACCGCCGCCCCCGCCCCCGUCUCAUCUUUCCCAUCCCCCACCCCUUGUUCUGUGUGUGAGAUAACUAGCACUAACCCUCAGAAGGCUGGGAGGUGGGCAACUGACCAGGGCAGGUCCGGGGUGGCCGUGCCUGGCUCUUUGGCAGGAGUGCCUAUGUCUUGCCAAGUCAUGUGAAUAAAAU